UGUGUUAACAUGUUUGCCUGGGUCCUAUAUGUUCCAGUUCACUUUUGGGGGUGUGGUAUUUCUUCCUUAGGAUGCUUCAGUUUAGUAAUUCCAGGUUUGUUCUAGUAAAAGUAUGAAAUACAAUAUACAGGUCACCUAGAACUUCAAUUAUUUUAAUUGGGCUAAUGAUGGUUAAUCAUCUACAUUGUUGGAGCUAUUUCUGUAGCCUACUUGUGCUACUGUCUUCAAUGUCACCCAGUUGUCGUAUACCUGGUUGUUUAGUACAUAAGGUUGUGAUCUGGAGUUGAGUAUUAGUUGUUUACUAAUGGAUCUAUUUUGGGUAGGAUACGGAUUAAAAGGUUGUGAAUUAAAUGAGUUUCUGUUAGGAAGCAUAAUGCUAGUAUUUCAAGUCAGAUAUGGACCAGAAUCGGUUCCCAGAGUUGUCCGCACAUCGUCCAACUGGAUUCAAUUAGCUUGAGGAGAGGCUCCUAAUCUGCUUUAAUUUGACAUUUGUUCCGUUUCAGCCAAUGGAGAUAUAUGUGGAUGAUGAGGCCAAGUUGACCCUGCAUGGUCUCGUAAAGCACUGCAUUAAACUGAGCGAGUUGGAGAAAAACUGCAAGUUGAAUAACCUCCUAGAUGCAUCGGAUUUUAAUCAAGUCGUCAUUUUCGUUAAAAGUGUGAGCAGAGCAGCUGAGCUGAACAAGCUACUCGUGGAGUGUAAUUUCCCAUUUAUCUGCAUCCAUUCUGGAAUGUCCCAGGAGGAAAGCCAAGAAAUCAAGUGCAUGAAGAUUUAAGUACUAGAAAUCAAGUGAUGCUAGCAAUGAUCUGCAGAUUUUCAAUGCUGAGAACUUACAGAGCAACAGUAAAAUCUACUAUAGGUUUGUUUUCACAACCAAAUUUAGGUGGAUGCCUUUUUUUGUUGGUGGAUUGGUGGUGGCCUUUUUCACCAAGUUGGUGUCUACUUUGAGGCUAAAUCAUUUUUUGAGUUUUGCAAUACUGAGUAAUCUGAGAAAACUUG